AUGACAGUGCAAAGCACCCCUUCAGCCGUCCGGAUCGUGGAAGUUGGGCCACGAGACGGUCUGCAAAAUAUCCGGGACGAAGUCCCCACUGCGACAAAACUUGAGUUGAUACGGCGGCUAAAAGGGACUGGGUUGAACAUAAUCGAGCUUACUUCUGUUGUUUCGCCGCGUGCGAUUCCCCAGCUGGCCGAUUGUCACGCAGUCCUCGGGGAUCCCGGGGUCCAGACACUGCUAAAGAAUGGUUCUCCCCGGCUUCCUGUGCUAGUGCCAAAUAUCAAGGGCCUUGAGAUUGCUGUUCAGCAUGGGGCAAAGGAGGUUGCUGUUUUUAUCAGUGCAACCGAGGGAUUUAGUAAAGUGAAUAUCAAUUGUACGGUUGAGCAAGGAAUUGAAAGGGCACGACAGGUUGCAGCAUUGGCUUUGGAGUCGAAUGUUGUUGCUAGAGGUUAUGUUUCGUGUAUCUUUGCAGACCCCUAUGACGGCCCAACCCCCGAACAAGCGGUUCUUCGCUGCAUCAAGGCAUUACUUGAUGCAGGCUGCUACGAGGUCAGCCUUGGUGACACACUCGGCGUCGGCUCUCCUUCAAGCGUGCGCGCCCUCGUUAAAUACUUAACCAACAAUGGCAUCCCCCUAGAAAGGCUAGCUGGUCAUUUCCACGACACAUACGGCCAGGCGGUAGCCAACGUCUGGGAAGCAUAUAACUGUGGAAUGCGCGUUUUCGACAGCAGCGUUGGCGGUCUUGGUGGAUGUCCGUUCGCCCCUGGCGCAAAAGGAAACGUAGCCUCAGAAGACCUAGUCUACAUGUUCCAUAAUGCCGGUGUCGAUACGGGCGUGGAUCUAGACAAGCUGGCAGACACAGGGGUCUGGAUAUCAAAGAAGCUUUCCAAGGCCAAUUUUAGUCGUGCUGGCACUGCCCUCGCCACCAAGGAAUCCAUCAAGUCAUUCAACACCAAGACGACUACUCACAAGAACGUGUCCCUUCAAUGGACACUCAUCUCCAAAACAGAAGGCCUGCAACUCUAUCGGUCAGGUGUGAAUCUGAAAAUAAUCCUUAACCGCCCAAAGAACGGCAAUGCUUUGACAGCAGCAAUGAUAUCCAACCUCACAGCAGCCAUCAACGACGCCAGCAAAGACCCCCAAAUCUCACGCAUUGUCAUCACCGCGAACGGGCGGUUCUUCUGCACAGGCAUGGACCUGGGCAAGGGGAGUACACCCGUAGCCCAAGGCGGUUCGACGAGCGACACGCAAUUCGAGCGGCUGACCGGGAUCUUUGAGGCCAUUGAUCGAUCGCCCAAGGUGACGGUUGCUUGUAUGAACGGCCCCGCGUUUGGAGGUGGCGUCGGACUAGCAUUUUCCUGUGACAUCCGGCUCUGCACCCGAAGUACAGUCCUGACGCUCAGCGAGGUGAAACUAGGUCUCUGCCCAGCCACCAUUUCGAAAUAUAUCAUCCGGGAAUGCGGGGUUGCGUUUGCGCGGGAGGUAAUGCUCUCCGCGCGCCCUGUCACGGCCGCGGAGCUGAAAACGCGUGGGCUUGUAUCUGAUGUGGCGGAAAGGUCCGAGCAGCUGAAUGAGCACCUAGAUGCUCUUCUGACCAGGUUGAAGAUUGCGUCUCCCAAUGCAUCACGUAUGUCGAAGGAGCUUGUGAAGCUGGCCUGGGCUCACGCCGGUGGAGAGAAGCAGGCGUCGGGGAUUAAGUCGCUAUUUGAAGAGAUGAUGUGCCCGAAUUCGGAUGGGGCACACGGAGUCAAGGAGUUUCAGGCGGGAAGGAAGAUCGACUGGGAUGCAUAUAUCCAGGGACUGACCAAGUCCAAGUUGUAG